AAACACAUGCAAAUUUCAAACUGACAGAAAAUUUCAUCAGUUGACAGUUUUGUAACAAUUUCUACAGAAAAUUUUAAAAAUGAUUAAUUUCUAGAUUAUCAUAAAACGAAGAUUCAACCUGAGAAAGAUGACCGAUUCAUUUUAGAAAAUCAAAAAAUGACAUCAAAAGACUUAACGGUCACUUUGAACUCUGGAAGUGUGAUGCCUAUGGUUGGACUUGGAACUAAUGGUAUCAAUGGAUUUAAAGAUAUACUGGAAGUCCUGGAUUAUGCCUUGGAAGCAGGAUACCGACUUAUUGGUAAUAUUUUCCCAAUAUUCUUUAAUUCAGAAUAUCCUCAAGAUCAAGGUCAGAAAGCUACCAGAGCUUUACGAAAAUCUCUUGAGAGACUUGAUUGUGAAUACAUUGACCUUUAUUUAAUCAACUGGCCAGGCUCAUAUGGUAUAAGCUCAUCAAGCAAAGAAAAUGCGACUUUGAGAGAAAAAAGCUGGGAGCUGAUGGUGGAAGCUGUGAAUGAAGGAUUGGUUAAGAAUAUUGGCGUUUCCAGCUACACUGUGAAACAUUUGAAGAAGUUAUUGAGUAACGACUACGGUAUCAAACCUUGUAUUAACCAGAUUGAAUUCCAUCCCCAAUGCUAUCAAAAGAAAUUAUUACAAUUUUGUGAUAAGAAUGGAAUCAUGGUUCAAGCAUAUCAAUCCUUCGGAGGAACGACUGAUGGUAAUAUGGAUCUUCUCGAACAUCCUGUAGUUGUGGAUAUCGCGAACAGGCUGGAAAAAUCGUCAGGGCAGGUGCUUCUUCGUUGGGCUAUUCAACAAAAUAUUGGUGUCAUUCCAAAAUCGAAAAAUCAAAGUCGUAUCAUUAGUAACAUGGAACUAGACUUCACCAUUCCUGAUGCAGAUAUGAAAACUUUGUGCAGCUUCAAAAAACAAAUUCGAUAUGAUUGGGAUCCUGAAUCUGUAGCGUAAAUCCCGAAAGGACACCCUAGGAUGCCCAAACACAUUUCUAAUAUGUAUUUAAUACGAUGAAUAAAACUCAUAUCAAUCAAUCAA